CAGCUCGCCGCGGCUGGUGGGCGGUGCGCGGAUCGUGCGCGCCGGGGGCGCCAGAUGUGCGGUCCCCGCCGCCGCCAGUGACCUAGCCGCAGCCCGGGCGGGAGCCGGCCGCCUACCCAAUGCUGCGGGGGCGACCUUGAGCGCGCCCAGGUUUCCCUCGGCGGGGACCCAGACACCGCGAGCGCCGUGCCCUGUCCUGCCCUCUCCGGCCCGGCUCGCCCCGCGUUCGGACAUGGAGGGGGCCGCUGCGCCCGCGGUCGGGGACGGCCCGGACUUGGGGCCGGGGGCUCCGGGUUCCCCCCUGGGGGCGGGGGCGACAGCAGCCCCCGCGGCGGCGGCCCCGGAGCCCAGGAAGCCGCACGGGGUGAAGCGGCAUCACCACAAGCACAACUUGAAACACCGCUACGAGCUGCAGGAGACCCUGGGCAAAGGCACCUACGGCAAAGUCAAGAGGGCCACCGAGAGGUUUUCGGGCCGAGUGGUUGCUAUAAAAUCCAUUCGUAAGGACAAAAUUAAGGAUGAACAAGACAUGGUUCACAUCAGACGAGAGAUCGAGAUCAUGUCAUCCCUCAACCAUCCUCAUAUCAUCAGUAUUUAUGAAGUGUUCGAGAACAAAGAUAAGAUUGUGAUCAUCAUGGAGUACGCCAGCAAAGGGGAGCUGUACGACUACAUCAGCGAGCGGAGGCGCCUUAGCGAGAGGGAGACCAGACACUUCUUCCGGCAGAUCGUCUCCGCCGUGCACUAUUGUCACAAGAAUGGUGUGGUCCACCGGGACUUGAAGCUGGAAAAUAUACUGCUCGAUGACAGCUGUAAUAUUAAGAUUGCCGACUUUGGGCUUUCCAACCUGUACCAGAAGGACAAGUUCUUGCAAACGUUCUGUGGGAGCCCCCUCUAUGCCUCUCCCGAAAUUGUCAACGGGAGGCCUUACCGAGGGCCAGAGGUGGACAGCUGGGCCCUGGGCGUGUUGCUUUACACUCUCGUUUAUGGAACAAUGCCCUUCGAUGGUUUCGAUCACAAAAACCUCAUUCGGCAGAUCAGCAGCGGAGAGUACCGGGAGCCCACGCAGCCCUCAGAUGCCCGAGGCCUCAUUCGGUGGAUGUUGAUGGUGAACCCCGACCGCCGGGCCACCAUCGAGGACAUUGCCAACCACUGGUGGGUGAACUGGGGCUACAAGAGCAGCGUCUGCGACUGCGAUGCCCUUCACAGCACCGAGUCCCCGCUCUUAGCCCGCAUCAUCGACUGGCACCACCGUUCCACAGGGCUACAGGCUGAGGCUGAAGCCAAAAUUAAGGGCUUGGCCAAACCCGGGGCCCCCGAGGUCAUGCUGGAGCGGCAGCGGUCGCUGAAGAAGUCCAAGAAGGAGAACGACUUUGCUCAGUCCGGCCAGGACUCGGUGCCGGAGAGCCCAUCCAAGGUGAGUUCCAAGCGGCCCAAAGGGAUCCUGAAGAAGCGGAGCAACAGCGAGCAUCGCUCUCACAGCACCGGCUUCAUCGAAGGCGUCGUCAGCCCUGCCUUACCCCCCGCUUUCAAGCUGGAGCAGGACUUGUGCCGGACCGCCGUGCCCCUGCCAAGCGCCCCCGAGGCGGAGGUGCCAGCUAAACUCAGCCCCAAACAGUCGGCCACGAUGCCCAAGAAAGGCAUCUUGAAAAAGACCCAGCAGAGAGAAUCGGGUUACUACUCGUCCCCGGAACGCAGCGAGUCUUCGGAGCUGCUGGACAGUAACGAUGGGCUGGGUGGCGGUAUCCCCUCCCCGAGCCCCCCGGAUCCGGCCAGGGUGACGUCCCACAGCCUCUCCUGCCACAGGAAGGGCAUCUUGAAACACAGCAGCAAGUACUCAGAGGGCACCAUGGACCCGGCCCUGGCCAGCCCCGAAAUGCCCACACUGGAAUCCUUGCUGGAGCCCGGCAUCCCUGCCGAGGGCCUCUCCCGGAGCUACAGCCGUCCUUCCAGCGUCAUCAGCGACGACAGCGUCCUGUCCAGCGACUCCUUCGACUUGCUCGACUUGCAGGAGAAUCGCCCUGCCUGCCAGCGCAUCCGCAGCUGCGUCUCUGCCGAAAACUUCCUCCAGAUCCAGGACUUUGAGGGGCUCCAGAACCGGCCCCGGCCCCAGUACCUGAAGCGGUACCGGAACCGGCUGGGAGACAGCAGCUUCUCCCUCCUCACGGACAUGGACGAUGUGACUCAGGUCUACAAGAAAGCGCUGGAGAUCUGUAACAAACUCAACUAGCCCCCCAGGGUGCAGGGGUGGGUCGGGGUGGGUACGAGGGAGGAGUGGGAGCAGUGACUGGGCUACGGACAGAGCUGGUUACCUCUUUGCUGGCCAUGACCACAGACUGAAAAAGGAUUGGUGCUGUCUUGCUUUGGCCAAAUUUGCAGCCUUGAGCCAGUGCCUACGAGGGAGAAGUGGGCUCUUGGCCAGUCCUGCCAACUGCCAGUCAGAAGUGGGAUCCUCACGGGCAUUUGCUUUAUGGCACCUCCUAGAGUCCAGGGGAGGUGGUGUUGGCCAGCACUUAGGGGGUGGGGAGGGAGCGUAUGGGAGAGGAAACGUUUCCCUAGUAGUCGUCCACGUGCUUCUGGAGGAGGGCAAGACAGACUGGGACCAUCUGCUCUGAGUGAACUCAGAGCUCACUCCUUCUCUCCUCACAUUAGCAGGUGUGGUCUGACUGCAGGGGGUGGGCACGUAGAUUUCAUCUGAGCUUGAAUUGGUAAUCGAUGGAUAGGGGCUGCUGGGUGUGCUGGUUUGAGCAGCCCAGACAGUGGGAAGCAGUGCUGUGAUUGAAUAGUAAUGGCUGCCAUGGGGAUGGGAAGGGGUGCAGUAGCACUCAUGCCGUGUAGUUGCGAUCCUUGACCUGGCUAAGCCCUGGGAGUGCUAGUGUAGAUCCCGUGGGAUCUGUGUUAUCUCUUUCAUGCCACUGGUGUGGCAUUUGUUAAUUUGCUCCUCUACCUUGAAUGGAAGACAGGGCCUUGGUCAGAGAGAGAGAGUGCUCUGAACACUGCUAAGGACUUAAGAGUCAGCCCAUGGUGAUUUUUUGGCUUUUUGUUGUCUGCCUCUUCCUUCCUGGUGUCUGCCUGGCUCUUCAGCACAACCUCCAAGGGGAGACAGGGAAAAAGAGGUGGUGUCAGAGGUCAAAACUAUGGUGUAUAACAGAGCUUGGAACCCUCUGUGAUCUUUUGCAGAUGAGUGGAAGUUGAUCCACACCAGCAAGGGGACAGCUUGUCAAUUUCUUUAACGUCUCAAUAUGAACUGGAAUGCUGCCUUGUGGGUUCUGACCUGCGUGAAUGUUUUGAAUUGGAUGUGAUACCGUCCAUAGUCCCCAGAGGAGUAACUCGCUCAACCAUUUACCUUGUUUACUCAUAGCAAACGGUUUCCCCAUCCACUAAGCGUAGAAUCCUCAGAGGUAGGCGAGUUUGCUUCUAGGGAGUUAGUGCGUAGGUGGGAUAUUUGGAUGAGGAAAGGUAAGUCAGGCAGAAGAUGUUUCCCUGUACGAAUCUAGGUAUUCUGUGUCCUACCUGCCUAGAACUCCUAGGCUUUAGGGGGAAUGUUCCAGCCACUC